AUUUGCACGUAAAUUGCACCUCUCUUGUGGUCUCUGAAAUUUGAAAAAAAAAUCGCAACAAUUAUAAGGCUCGGUGACUGCCUCUGUUCCCCUUCGCGUCGGCACCAACAUCCUCGUCUAGGAGAGUGAGACUGCUCUCCUGUGUUCCUGCCUUCUGGGGAGUAAAUUCCACUGAUCUCCACUGACCAUCUGAGUAAACAGAAAGAAUUGCGCGGCCAGUCCCUGUACUUGCGCUCGGAAUCUUAGUGCUCCAAAAACACCGAGAGGGAGAAAGGUGGCGACCCAGGCGGGGCGGGGUUCGGCUAGGAUAGGGUGGUGUUUCCUAUCACUUCCCCGGAUGAGGCCGACCUGGCUAGCUGUGGUGAAGGAGGAAGAAAUAAUAGUAAACAAUAAGGACUAUGUCUGUUUUCCCCAAAAUCUCAUUGAUGCCAAAGGUGGAAGAGUAUCUGAGGGCUAUGUUUAAAAAUGAUGAGCUCGUAACUGCUUUGGGUCCAAUGGAAGCUGAAGUGAAAUAUGAGUCUCUAUUAAAGAAUUUAUCUCAUCCGCCAGCUUUCACAACUGUUCGAGUUAACACUCACUUGGCAUCUGUAGAAUAUGUAAGAAACCUACUUUCUGAAGAGAUCCAGAAGCAGUAUACAAGUCUUAAUGUUCCUGUUCUUCAGCAUCCAGAACUUCCUGACAUCUUACUGAUCCCUGUUAUUGGGCCCAGAAAGGAUCUACAAAAGUUGGCAAAUCAAGUUAUUGUUGGUGCACAGUGUGGGAAUGCAGUGCUUCGAGGAGCACAUGUCUAUACGCCAGGAAUUAUAUCGGCUUCAAAAUACAUGAAAGCUGGUGAUUUUGUUUCAGUGUACUCUGAUAUUGAAGGGAAAUGUAAAAGAGGAGCCAAAGAAUUUCUGGGGACCAAAGUUUUUGUUGGAAAUGGGAUUUCUGAACUAAGCCGCAAUGAAAUUUUUAAUUCUAAUGGCCCACUGAAAGGAAUGGGAAUAAAAAUGACAGAACCAAUUUACCUUAGUCCUUCAUUUGACAAAAUGCUAUCCAGCUAUCUAUUUUUACAGAAUCUGCCCUCUUCAGUUGUGAGCUAUGUUUUAAAUCCUCAGCCAGGACAGAGAGUUUUGGACAUGUGUGCUGCUCCUGGGGGAAAAACAACCCAUCUUGCAACAUUAAUGUGUGAUGAGGGGGAAGUGAUAGCCCUGGACAAGAUAGCAGACAAAGUGAAAAAGAUAAUGCAAAAUGCUGCAUUACUGAAGUUGAAUUGUAUCAAAACAUUUUGUUAUGAUGGUAUUAAGGCACUUGCCACUGGCAAAAGGGAGGAUGGGCAAGAAGGACCUCCAUUUUUACCAGAAUCAUUUGAUAGAAUACUUCUCGAUGCUCCUUGUAGUGGCAUGGGGCAGAGACCAAAUAUGGCAUAUUCCUGGUCUUUAAAGGAAGUGACUUCUUAUCAGCCCUUGCAACGCAAGCUCUUUAGAGUGGCAGUACAGCUGCUGAAGCCAGGGGGCAUCCUGGUAUACAGUACCUGCACAAUUACACUUUCUGAAAAUGAGGAGCAAGUUGUCUGGGCACUGGAGACUUUCCCAUGCCUCCGGCUUCAAUCACAGGAGCCCCAUAUUGGAGGAGAAGGCAUGAUAGGAGCUGGACUGUCACCUGAGCAGUUGAAACGGCUGCAGAGGUUUGAUCCAUCUGAAAUAAUUUUGCAGGGAAUGGAUUUUAAUUCACUGCAAGAAUUCAAAUAUGAAGAUUUGAUAAGCCUGGCAAAUAAGGACUGUAUAGGAUUUUUUAUUGCAAAAUUUGUAAAAGUGUAGUGAAAAUAUGACUUAGAACUGAAUGUAAAAAAAUACCCUUUCUGUUAAAAUGUGGAGCAUUCUGAACUGUACUUCCAUGCUGCUGCAGUGUUGCCAAGCCAACUGACUGACGACACAGUUACUAUAGCAACAGUAAAAUCUGUCAGCCAUUUCCCUUGGGAGAGAUCCACAGGUUGGAGAAACAAGUCUGAGAAAAGGGAGAGCUUCAAUUUGCAGGGCUCUCUUUGGUUUUGCAUUUGCAGUGGGCCACUGAUUCUAGAAAUAUGCUUAUUUUUUGGUCUAUCUGGGUGAUUUUAUUUUUAAAACCCUGCAGUCAUGUACAGUAGGAAGUCUGUUUUCAAAGUAUAUUAUCAGUAAUUAAAAUAUUCUGUUAUGUUUUGUAAUAUCUUGUUUACUGAACUCUCAAAUUGCUGUUUAUGAAAAACAAUUUUAUAUUAUUAAAUGACAUAAUUUCAUACAAAA